CUUUCUUGGAAAGGAACAGUUGCCUCGGUAUUCUGCAUAAUAAAUCCACUUUGCAUGCUACUAAUUUCCUUUCGACAUUGAUCGACACGUGUACAUACAAUUUCAUUUCACAAAUGCUUACUUACAUAUGCGCUUCCAACAAUCAGUAUAAUACUGUAAUUUCUUCUCGAGCUUAAAUGGAGCUUCGAUCUCUGCAAAUGGCGAAUCCAGUCCUUCAUUCCUCCAUUCCGGACCUUCCCCGCACGACUUCAGCUACAACACAGAUAUUUGGUGCCCAGUUGAGAUUCUUGGAAAUUGAACAGACCCAUAUCAGAUUAUCGAGUUCUUCCAGGAAUACUCUUGCUCUAAGGUUGAAAUCCCCGAGGGAACCUAUGGGCUUGACUCAGGAAAUUGUUGGUGAUGAACAGAAAAGCACUGUUUUAACUCAAAGCGCUUCUGAUCUCUUCACUAAGAUGAAGGAUCGGUUUUUGAGCUUCAAAAAGGAUAAGUACUUGGCCAAUAUAGAACACUUUAAGGAUCUUGCAAAUGCUCAAGAACCAAAGUUUAUGGUGAUUGCUUGUGCAGACUCUCGGGUUUGUCCCUCAGCUGUCCUGGGAUUUCAACCUGGAGAAGCAUUUGUAAUCCGCAACAUUGCAAAUCUGGUGCCUUCUUAUGAGAAUGGCCCUUCAGAAGUAAAUGCUGCUCUUGACUUUGCUGUUAACACCCUCUGUGUGGAAAAUAUACUGGUUGUUGGCCAUAGCUGCUGCGGGGGCAUUCGUGCCUUGAUGAGUAUGGAAGAUGAGACGAAUUCAAGUUUUCUCCAUAAUUGGGUAGUUAUUGGGAAGAACGCGAGGUCUAACACAAAGGCCAUUGCCUCCAAACUGAGCUUUGAUGAGCAGUGCAGGCACUGCGAGAAGGAGUCACUCCACCACUCGUUGUUGAACUUGCUUACAUACCCGUGGAUUAAGAACAAGGUGGUUGAAGGUCAGCUUUUAAUUCAUGGUGGCUACUAUGAUUUUGUUGAUUGUACAUUUGAGAAAUGGAGUCUCGGGUAUACAAAAAGCAGCUCUAUGGUACACAACCAAUACUGUAUAAAAAACCGCGAAUUUUGGAGCUGACCUAACUCUCAGUUGCUCCAUUUAUCAUUGUUCGCUUUUAGAUAGAUUACAAGUUAGUAUAAAGCUCCUUGUGUCAACUUAGAUAUAGUAAUACACUUGCAUCAACUGUGAGCCAUAUCUGUACUAAUGAAAAUGAUUUGUUUCCUUCCAUCUCAGAAAUGUUUCUACUCUUCUGCAAAAUCUGCAGUUUUCCUAUUUAGUUCUUCAAGGGGAAAAUGAUGUCUUAGUAUCCAUUCUCUUUCAACUCUUAACCUCAUGCACUUAUGAAAUAUAGGCUGCCGGGCAACCCCAACCAAGUUGGUCAGGUUGUUGGAUUGAUAACCACAAGGUUCCAAGUUCGACUUUCAGUCAGAGCGGCUUAUUGACCAUAUUGGUUUGAGCCAGUCAGCUAUGGACAACCUAAGACAGUUUAUCUCAUUGUGGUACCCUCGGGCAGAGGCUGUUGGCUUGAUAACCACAAGGUUACAAGUUCGGCUUCCAGUCAGUGCGGCCUAUUGACCAUCUUGGUUUGAGCCAGUUAAUUAUGGACAACCUAAGCUAGUUUAUCUCAUUGUGGUACACCUCGGACAAUGACUGAUGGUUUCCCUCGUCACUCAAAAUUGCCAUAAUAAUGUUUCCUUGCAGAUAUGUGCUGUUAGUGUGAGUAAUAAAGAGUUGGUCUGAAAUGGUGAUGGUAGGUUGUGUUUAGGUAACCAUUUGGAAGAACAGUCUGUCUGUCAUGGUAAAAAAGAAGAGCAAGACACCAGUAAAUUUCCAUCCAGGAAAAGUCUGCUUCAAAGACAAAAUUUUAUAUGUAUAGAGAGCUUGAACUAACUCUAUGAAUCUUCUAAUACUUGCCUUUUACUACAUCCCAUCUCCUAUAUAAACUCAUCAUGUUACAUGCCAAGAACAUAUUGACUUGAUCAAAGCAGAAACCGGUUUGCCUGGACAACAUCAAUCUGCACCCAGAAUGGCUCAUCACUUCAAUCCACCAUACCUGUUCUUGGUUUUCCUGGUCACUCUGUCAGCAACCAGCUCGACAGAGGCGCGGCGUUUUCUGGAGACAACAACCUUGCCUGAACUGCCAAUUCCUGAAAUUCCCACAGUACCAAACUAUGAACUUAAAGUGCCUGAAUUCCCAAAGCCAGAACAGCCACAGCUACCAACAGUCCCGGAGCACGAGCUGCCAGCAUUCCCAAGACCCGAAGGGCCUACAAUCCGAAAACCAGUGGUGCCAUUCAGACCAAGGCCUGAGUUCCCAACUCUGCAAAAGCCAGUGCCUCAACUCCCAGGAAACCCUUAGUUCCCUUGAAAGCUACUUUCUGCAGAAUUCCUGCGGUGCGCCAUAAUCCUUUCUAUCCCCAGUUUCAUUACUCAUCUUGCUUUUGUAUUUCAUAUUGUUAUAAUUUCCCAUUCCUAGUACAACCAUUCAUAAGUGAAAACACAACAUUCAAGUAAA